AUGGAUGAAUUGGUUGUGUCCGGCGCGUGGAAUAAGACAGACUUUACGGUAAUAGAGACUCAACUUGCCGAUUACAACAUGGAUACGUCCAUCCUAUUGGCUGAGUUGAGGUCGGAGCUGUAUCGUCACAAAGACCCCUUCAUCAUCGUCCUGUCCGUGCUCUACGUGUUGACCUUCAUGGCCGGUAUCCUUGGCAACCUGUUCGUCAUCCUCGUCGUGGUCAGACAGCGGCGCAUGCGGACCCUCACCAACGUCUUCUUCCUCAACCUCACCAUCGGCGACGUGAUGGUGGUGUCCAUAUGCAUUCCGAUAACGCUGGGAAACCAUAUCUACAAAGACUGGGUCUACGGCGAGAUUCUGUGCAAGGCGACGCCAUUCCUCCAAGGCACAGCCGUUGGGGUGAGCGUCCUCAGCAUGCUGUUUAUCAGCAUCAAUCGCUACUUUGCCAUCCACAUCCCCCUGAAAGCCAAGAUCCUCUUCUCGAAAGGAAAAGUCAUUGUGAUGCUCAUCUCUAUCUGGCUUGCGUCCUUCGUUGUCGUGGCUCCUCUCCUGUUUGUGAACGUCACGACCAAGUACGGAGUCCCGGAGAUCUUUGAGGCUAGGAUCUGCGAGGAGAGAUGGGAGACCAUCAGAGACAAACAGAUGUACAACAUCUUCAUCUUUGGUGCUCAGUUCGUGCUGCCGCUCCUGGUGAUGGCGGCCAUGUACACUCGCAUCUCCCUCACCCUGUGGACAGAGGACGAGAACCUCCACGGUAGCAAUACCAGACAGCAGUGGUCGCGGCAGCUGCUACGGCAGCGUCGCAAGACGGUCAGGAACCUCAUCUUCCUCGUCAUCCUGUUCGGCUGUUCGUGGUUUCCGUACUACGUGGUGAACAUCUGGUUGGACUUCCACAUGAAUUCUAAAGACGCCAUCGUCGUGCUGAACUACAUCUACCCCCUGGUUCAGAUCAUAGGACUCUCCAACUCCACGAUGAACCCUCUGUGUUACUGUUUCCUCAGUAAGGGUUUCAGGCGCGCCUUCGGGAACAUGUGCUGUACCAAGAAGAAGAGGACGAAGCAUGGAAUGAUCAUCACUGUUCGCUUCAAGUAUCCUAGGAGUGGUGACGACAGUGGCUUUGACAGUAUAGAGACUGUCUUGUCGUAG